CAAAGGGAUUGUCGAAGAAAUUCUCAAAAUCAAUAGUAUUUAAGAAGGCUUCUUCACUUAAGAACAUUCAAUAAAACCUUUUUAAGGAUCUACCUACCAAAAUGGCUGCCAUACAUUGGCUUGUGGUCAGCGUCUUAGUCGUAUCUUUGCACAUGCGCACAACCAGUUGUGGAAUAAUCGACGACCAAGCGUGUUUAAACAACGUCCAAAGAGACUGCCAAUGCGAUAUUGAAGUUAGUGGUGAUGAAGAAGAAGAUAAAAAGCUCUGCAAUAAACUUCAGUCCUGUGCUAAUUGUAUGGCGGUGCCAAGGUGUGAAUCGGUCUUCUUAUAUCAGUUCCGGUCCCUGCUACGAACUACUAUUGUCAUGAGCCAAACGACAAAGAUUUGCCCAAAUAUACACUACGAGGACCUCGAUAAAGGUUUGCAGAAAUCCUGUAAAGGAAAUGGAAUAGUCUACGAUCGUUGUGGACGUCAAUGCGAAUGCUAUGCGGGAUUUUACACCAAUUGUUUUCGGGUUCGCAAGGAGUUCACCCAAAUGAGCUUUGAGGAACGUCGUCGGUUCGUUAAUGUAUAUUACAAAGCAACAACAGACCCAUUCCUCAGAGACGACUUCCAAAAGAUAUUGUUUUCCCACUCAGAAAUACCUUCCGAUUUUCUACACCACAUGCCGCAGAUAUUCUUUCCUUGGCAUCGAUGGUUUUUGCUACAAGCCGAGAACUUUCUUCAACAAAUUGAUUGCCGAGUUACUAUACCUUACUACCAAUGGACUGCAGCAGGAAAGAACGUCUGGAGAAGUACUAAUCCAAAAGAUGUGUGGAGUGGAGGUCCGCAAGGACUUGGGGGCAACGGUGUUCCACCGUCUUACUGCGUCCAGGAUGGAAAGUUUAGGGAAGGGAAUUGGCAUUUGCCAGUUAGCAAAGGUAGAGGAUGCUUGAAGCGAAAUUUCGACAAAAAGUGCCCCUUGUACACCGAGAAAAAACUCCAAAAGCUAUUGCGUUCAAAAACCUUUAAGCACUUUGAAGAAACUGUCCGAGAAGAGCUUCAUAGCGCAUUCCACGACUGCAUCGGAGGUGACAUGCCUGACAAUAGAAAAUCUGGUCACACUCCCGAAGUCCUGCUUCAUCACGCCUUCAUGGACAAGAUAUGGGACCAGUGGCAGAGCAAGAGUGACUGGCAUAGGUACCAGUAUUUUACGUCACUAAACUUCCGAAUGCCAGUUGCUGAUCUGUAUCCAUGGCAAGUACUUGACAGCCCUAACCUGCCUGGUGAAGUCGGUGUUGCGUACCAGAUAUUUAGAGAAACUGGAGCCGGUGAUGCCGGUGAUGCCAGAGAUGAAGAAUUUUGGGUUGAACCGAUUACUGAUGAAUAUGAACCGACAGUUGAAGAUGAAUCAAUAGUCGAAGUAGAAGUACUUCCAGACGAAGAAGACAAAUAGAUGAUGAUCAUCAUCAACAUCAUCAUUAUCCGGCAUCAACAACAUCAUCAUCAUCAUCAUUAACAUCAUCAUUAACAUCAUCAUUAACAUCAU